AUGAAUUAUUUAAAUCUAUUUUAAUACAUUAUUUCAACACCUAUCUACCCUCACUAUUAUUGUGCCAGUGUCCAAGAGAUUCCUUUUCAAAAAUUAAAGUCAAUAGGUGUCAAAUGUCUACUAUUCGAUAGAGACAACACUCUUACAAGACAUUUAGAAACAAAAACUGUGUAUGAAGAUUUAUUGUCAAAACUAAAAAAAGACUUUGAUUAAGUGCUCUUAGUCUCUAAUUCAAAAAUCAAUGAACCUACACAAUUAGGAUUGAGUGUGGCAAGGACGACUACUAAGAAGCCAUUUAAUUUUUAGGAGAUCUACAAAAAUCAUAUAGAUAGCAACACUAAAUCUCAUGAAAUAUGUGUCAUUGGAGAUAGACUAUUUACUGAUAUGGUUUUAGCGCAUAAAAAUGGUUUAAUUGGUAUCCUUGUUAAACCAAUUGAUGUCAGCAAUGAGGACUCUUCAAUUAGAGCAAUGAGAGCAAUUGAAAACUUUAUGAUGAGGAAGAACUAAUUACAGAAACAUCCAUAUCAUGGAUUCCUAAACUUUUGA